AUUCUGCUCAGGUGUCAAAUUGUUACCGAUAACUAUCGUUUCCAUAAAUUAUUAUGCUAAGGAUUUAUACAUAAAUAGUUUGUCUGCGAGCGGAAUCCUCACAUACGCAAGAGGUGUCACCAACGAGAGACCGCCAUGACCGUAGCCAAAGUGGAAAUCACUCUAACGCAGAGGCUGCUGUGGAUCUUGAAUCUGGUGUUCCAUCAAGUUGUGGCCAUCGUGACGGUUUGGCUGCUUUGGUUGUUUUUCGAUAACUUCCCACUGGAAAAUGUCCUCAUGUGGCACAUGGUGCUGUGCACGGCUGCUUAUGUCCCACUGAUGGCAGAAGCCAUAAUCUUAUUCGCCGGAGACAACUUGUGGUCCCAAGGGCUAGAAAGGCCUAAAAAGAAUUGGGUGCAUGGAGUAUUACUGGGGAUCAGUAUUGCUGCUGUCACUGCAGGCAUAGCUUGUGAAAUUAGGAAUAAAAACGUCAGAGGAGUUCCGCAUUUUGUGAGCAGCCACGCUAUAACAGGUUUGGUGUCGUGGCUCUUGGCUUUUGUGUCCAUCAUCCUAGGUCUCUUCUCCUGGCAUGCUCAAGGCUUGAAGAACAUCGCGCGUCCAGUCAUCUUCAAAUUCAUCCACAACUUCAUCGGCAUCGCCUGCUACGCCAUCGGCAUCGCCAGUUUGUGCCUGGGAUUCUACUUAGGAGCCUUCCGUCGUUUGGUUACGGAUGACCAGCUGAAGUCACUAGUAGCUCUGGUUGCGAUUAUAACCUUCUGGAGUUGCUUAGCAGCGUUUAAGUCUUGUUACAGUCAACUCAAGAAUAUGUUCUCGUAGGCUUUCUUUGUUAAGCGUAGAUGAUUGUCGUUAUGUUGGUAGGAUUGGCAGGAUUUGGUGGAAAGGAAAUUGCCAGGAAGAAGUUCAGAAGGAAAUUAUAGUCGGGAUAAGUACCAAUGGAGAGUGACCAAAGGACUUACUUCAUGUUGGUGAAGGAUGAAUGGAAAUAGAAGAACGGUUAUCGCGAAUGCAUUAAAUGCCUUGAUAGUGUGGAGGUGUAUCAAUAUGAGUAAUUGAAUUAUUGUUACCAACAUAUUAAUGACGAUCAUUUAUCUUAAUCUUAAUAUUAUUGUUAUUGUUAUUUAUUUAUUCUGUAAUAUUACUCCUAUUGUGUUUGGAAAAACUGAAAAAUAACCAAGAGAUACUAUUUUAGGUUAUUCUUGGAUACUUUUAGGUUAUAUUUGAU